AUGUCACCACAUACCCUGACUGCUCCACCAGCACACCUGUUGCUAUACUGUUACUUUUUUCAUACGCUCUCUUUUUCUCUCCUCCAACCUGACUUUCUCUUCCUCUCUCUUUCUCUCAACCACCCUCUCUCAAAUGUAUUUUCUCUCUCUCCUUCUCUCCCACCCCCUCUCUCUGUUAAGCUCACUUUCUGUCUCCCCCUCUCAUCCUCUCUCUCCCAACCUACCUACCUCACUUUUUCUCUCAUCCCCUCUCCCCCAACCACUCUCUCCCCACUUCAACAUCACUUUCUCUUUCUUUCUUUCUCUUUUUCUCAACCAUAUUUUCCCUUUCUCCUCCUCUCUCACCCUCUCUCUGUCAACCCUCUUUCUGUCACUCCCUCUCUCUCAUCCUCUCUCUUUGAACCUCACUUUUCUCUCACGUCGUCUCUCCUAACCACACACUCUCUCUCUCCUCUAUCACUUUCUGUUUCUCUUCCUUUAUCUCAAAAACAUUUUCUCUCUUUCCUUCUAUCUCACCCCUCUCUCUGUCAAUCUCACUUUCUGUUUCUCCCUCACUCUCUCUCAUCCUCUUUCCUCAACUUCAUUUGUUCUCUCUCCCUCUCUCUCCUCCUGUCUCCCAACCACACACUCUCUCUCUCUCUCUCUCUCUCUCUCUCCCCCCCAACAUCAUUUUCUCUUUCUGUCUCAUUCUUUCAAGCCCACUCUCUCAGCCACAAGUUAUCUUUAUCCCACUCGCUCAUCCUCUCUCUCCCAACCUCACAUUCUCUCCCCUUCUCUCUCCCCAACUUCACAUUCUCCCCCUCUCUCUCCCAACCUCACUUUUUCUUCCUUUUUCUUUUAUACUUGUUUGCAGCUGCUGUUUCUUUAUCCUCACUCUCUCUCUCUCUCUCUUUACACACACCUUUUCAAUUUCUUCUUUCACAUUACUCUACAUUCCCUCUUCACAGUCUGUCCUCUUCUUUCUCUCUCUCUCUCUCUCUUCACACACAUCUUUUCAACCUCUUCUUUCACUUUUCUUUACACACUCUCUCUUCCAUCUCAGUCAUCUUAUUUCUCCCUCUUUCUCUUCACACACAUCUUUUCAAUGUCUUCUUUUAUUUUCUCUAUGCACUCUCUCUUCACAGAUCCAUUUCUCUUCUCUCUCCCCCUCUCUAUCUCACUUUCACUAUACCUUCUCUCUCUCACUCUCACACCACUCUCGUUCUCAUUUUUAUCUUUAUUCCAUAG